CUUGUCGAUUGCCUAAAUACGUUUGUGGUGCGUCGAGAUUGCCGUCGCGCGGAAAUUGAAAAGGGACCAGGGUAGUGGGCGCUAUUGAGAAUUUCACUCAAACCCAUCAUUCAGCAUGGACUCCGUGCAGACACUGCGCUGUCCUGUGCUGCACAAGCAUGGUCCGGACCAGCAGCAGCAGAGGAGUGACAUCACCAUUCAAAUUGACCAGUCUGCCAUGGUCAACACUCCCAGCAAGACGCUGAAGAUAAUGCUGACCUCUGACGAGGACCCGUUCUUCCACUACGUGCUGACGCUGCGGGAGGACAGCUUCAGUCAGCUGCGCUCGGCCCAGGGACUGCUGGUGGACUUUGCUCAGUUUCCGCGCAAAUUCACCGAGCUGGUGGAACAGUGCGUCGGAGAGGCGACCGGCUCAGAGAGCCCCAGGUUCUCACUGCACGUGGACACGGCCGGGUGUGGGGAGCGCCAGGCCCUGCUGGAAGUCGUCGAAGUGAACCCGUUCCGACACCUGUCUCACAUCGCGCUCAGGCUAGCCGCCGCCUCCGACUCGGACCUCAAACUCUACCUCGCCAAAACAAUCAAAACCAUCAAGGAGGAGCUGCAGUCUGAGCGGGAGCGGCGCUCGAGCGCCGAGCAGAGCCACACCAGCCAGUUGCGGCAUACCCAGGAGCUGCUGGCGCAGCGCAGCUCGCAGCUGGAGCAGCUGCGCGCCGAGCUGCAGCAGCUGAGCACCACCAGCAGCUCGCAGCUGCAGCAGCAGCUGGCAGCUGAGCGGGACAAGGCCAGACAGGCGCAGUGGGAGGAGCAGCAGAAGCAGCAGGCGGAGCGCCAGCGGCUGGUGGAGCAACACCGGCAACAGACACAGCAGCUGGAGCAGCGCGCCGAGACGCUGGACAGGCAGUGCCGACAGCUGACCGAGACCAAGUACAAACAGGAGGUCCGCUGCAGAGAGGUGGAGAGCCAGCUGAAGUCGCUGGAGACCGAACACCGUCAGCUCAAACAGGAGGUGGCCGCCCUCCGGCGGCAGAAUGCCUCACUGGACGAGGAGUACCACGGAAAAAGCAAAUCAGUUCAGCAGCUGCGGACUCGGGUGGCCGUGCUGGAGACGGAGGUGCGCGACCAGCAGCAGCUGCUGCAGCGUCAGGAGCAGCUACAGCAGGCCGCACAGCAGUCCAAGGAGCGGCUGGAGAGCCAGGUGACGGAGCUGCAGAGCACGCUGACACGCCGGGAGAAGACGGUGAAGACGGUGUCACAGGACCUGCUGAAGGCCAACGACAUCAUCAGGAAGCUGCAGGCCGAGACCAAAGCGCACCACGCCAAGCUGAAGCUGCGCAGCCAAAUCGCCGUGGAGCAGGAGCGUCUGCUGACGGAGGCGGCUGAGCAGCGCCAGCAGCUGGAGCAGCAGCUGCGGGAGACCUCCGAACGGCAGACGGCCGCCGCCGCCCACUCGGACCGGCUCCAGACGGAGGUGGCUGAGCUGCAGGCCAAACUGGAGACCGCCCAGAAACUGGCCAAGACCAACGAGAACGUAAUAAACUGGCUGAAUAAGCAGCUGAAUGACCUGCAGUCCCAGCCGCGCGGCCGGCCGCCGGUGGCCGGCUACUUCCACGGACAGGCCGGGUCACUCACAUCGGCGUCAGAUCUGCGCACCACGCUGGGCUCGGCUCCGAGCGCCUCCACUCCUGUGUCGUCCCUGAGCACACCGCGGCUGAGGGAGCCGCCGGCCGACUCCGCGGCGGCACCGCCCCGGGAACAGACAUCCAGUCGUUCGGACACGCUGGGCAGUAAGGGUAUCGGCACCGCCCCGGCCCCCAGAGGGAUGCCGCCCAGACCGCCCCUGCAGGACGCCACAAACACGGACCAGCCUCUGGCGGCGCGGUACCUGCAGGCGGCCAAGGGGGAGCGGCCCCGGCAGCCAGCCGAGCCGGUGCGGAUAGCGGGCCUGGUGCGGCGACCGCUCCCGGCACAGUGAGAGGGCAGGGGUCCGACGGCAGUGCCGCUGUGUGUAGUGGACUGGGUGAGACGGCUCAUUGAGAGCUGGGACUUCUGUGGACUAAAGGUGCAGUGGUCUGAUCGGGGGCUCUCCUGAGAUUGUUGUAUUAGGAUGCAGCUUGGACUUGGAGUGCGACGCAUAGCAGAAACGGGAGUGGUUGUUGUAUAAACUAAAGAAAUAGGACUGUUGGGGACCGAGAACAUGCCUGCUAGCGAUUCGACUAACGAAAUAGUUUCAUAGUGCCGAUAACAUGCGACCAUUCGCGUUAGGCCACAAAGUCGCUCGAAAAUUUCAUAUCAUCAACAUCAUCGCAUCAUCACACUCAUAACUAUUCAUCAUGAAUGCGAACGACAUAUUAUAGAAACACGUUAUCAAUGCUAUCGAAGUUAUAUUUAGUUUAGAACUGCGCGAUAUUUCAUGUGCAUGCCGCUGCUUCCACUAAUCGAUGUAUAUUGUGUAAGCAAAACGUCUUCCGCAGGAUAUUCGUUGUACAGUGAUGCGCGUUAGUUGACUGAUUCAGCAGAGCCCCGCUAGUGUACGGCGUUGAGUGUGAGAUCGUACUGUAGAAUAGUCUGGUCCAGUGGCGACCCCAUGGUGACCGAAACCGCUCAGAUGACUGACACGAUAAGAGUCUCGGCGCCCGGGUACGGUCCAGCUAGGUCCAUCUGUGGGUGAUCAUCUGACGACUGACGAGGGUAGCGACCAACGCCGCCACUGUGUCUGCGACCGGGCAUUGUCUGUGAUACGAGCUCGACGAGUUUAGGAUAGAUCAACGGCUGGGUGUGCGUGACGUGUGUCAGGGAUACCGUAUGUAGGCCUACUGCUAGUAUCCACGGGGUCCGAGGAGCGUUCGGGACUCGGGAGGGCUGGCUGUCGACUGUAUGAGAGAGUGCUGCUGAUUCCUGUCGAUGUCUUGCUGGCGUUCGCUUAUAGCCUUAGUUCCCACGAUGCAUUGAAAAUUGCAUAACCACAACAUUCUUCAGAACAUUACUCGCUACUACACCUUUUUGCACUCAAAAUAGGCAUCUUUUCAUUCAAUUUCGGCGAAUUGCAUUCAAUUUUAGCGAUCUCUCUAUUCGAAGCAAAUGAGAGAUCGCUAAAAUUGAAUGCAAUUCGCCGAAAUUGAAUGAAAAGAUGCCUAUUUUGAGUGCAAAAAGGUGUAGUCUAAUUAUGAAACAUUGCUCCUCCAUAACCCUGCAUUCGUAUCCAACUGACUGAAAUAAUCUGCUUCUGACUGGUACAUUUGAACGAUUCGUUUUAAACGAGUUCCCACCGUAUUGCUGCGGCGCUACUGCGGUUGUGUACAUAAUUACAGUAUCCAGCUCAUACUUGUUCUCACGACCGGAGGCGCUCCAUUAUGCUAAUUUUAUACGUCUGAAAGUAUGAGCCUGCGGAGUCACGUCGGGCCGUGCGACCGGGCCUGCCCUCACAUGCACAUGUACAGAACGACGCCGACCAAAUACAUGACGCUCAUUUAUA